GGGCACCGCUGCGACGACCACGGGGAGACGGCUGGCCGGGAUCGAUGCGUGGCGGUUGGCGUGGCGGCCGGCUGCUCCUGCUCCUGCUCGACCUGCUCCUGCUCACCGUGCAACUGAUCGCAGCCGAGGAUUCCCUGUCCCAGUUGUUGUCCCGGCUGGACGAUUCGCACCAGUGCGGUCGUGCCAUCUCCGCCGGUCGGCUACUGUCGACGGCGAUCAACGCGCGCUUUCCGCGCCUGAUCCCGUUGGCGCGCUUUUUCGCCGAACACCCGGGUGAUUUUGACGCCAGUUUCUUGGAGAACUCGUCGUUUGACCUGAAGAUCCCCCUGAAGGCCAACCUGAGCGGCCAGAACCCGUUGUAUGCGUUGGAGUACAGCUGCGAGAAUGUCACCUCGAGGUGGCUGCCUACGGUUGUCUUUCCUACAAAGGAUCCGAAUGCCACCUCUCGGAGGGCUUACCUCACGCUUCGGAUGGACUUCGACCUUGAUCUCUGCAACAGCGUUCCAUGCAAUACCAAGUGCACAUGGACAGUACAUGGCGGCUUGCGAGUGCUGGCGAAGACAUGCUGUGGCAAAGGAGAAGACACGGCUCUUUGCAGGACUGUAUCAGAUAGAAAUCGUAACAUGCUUUUGCUGGCUAAUGCGGCGUGUGCAGCCGCUUGCUUGGCGCUGAUUCCAGUCGUUUGCCGAGCUCGUCGACGAGGACAAGAGGCUCGUGGAUGGGCACUUAUGGAACUCUUUCUCAUAGGAGCCAGCAUACUUUACAUGAUUUUAUUGAUAGACUGGUUCGCUCCACCAGAGGCCGGUUGCUGUGUAGCGGUAUGGCUACGUCAGAUCGGGUUCAGUACCUUUUACGGAUCUAUUGUGCUCAAAAUAUACAGAAAUUUACAAGAGUAUCGAGUACGAAAAGCUCAACACGUCUCUGUGAGGGAAAAGGAUAUGGUGAAGUACCUCAUCGGAAUGCUUGCUCUCACGAUAACGGGUUUGAUGGCUUGGACUGUCGGCUCUUGGGGUGACCAAGCUUUGUGGAAAACAGCCUGGCCACAGUGCAGAAUGCAGGGUUGGCAUGUGAUUUGGCAUUGUUACGAACUACUGUUUCUGCUCUAUGGAAUGAGGCUUUGCUACAAAGCGCGAAACAGUGACUGGUUGGAGCGAUGGCAGUUUACCGUCGCUGUUUGUUUGGAAGCUGUGAUCACACUAAUGGCAAAUCUUAUUAGGUACUCCAUUCGUAAUUCCGGGCACAGCGACACUCUCUUUACAAUAUCAUUCGUGCAGUUACAACUGACUGUGUCUGUAAAUAUUGUCAUCAUCAUCGCUCCCAAGUUCUACUUGGUAUCUGGGGAGUCCACCCGAAGAGCGAUGACGCUAGGCGGACACUCAGGCAGAGCACAUCCUUCAUUAGCGAAGUUGAGAGACAACAUUCUAAAUGGGACAAUCGACUUUGCUGAAGUUCCCAUAGCUGAUAUGAAUCCAGAAGACAUACGAGCUGAACUCAAGCGCGUGUAUACCCAACUGCGGAUGUACAAACUCAAGAACUUGUACCAGGACAACCCACACAUUUCGAAAAAACGUGGCGGGAAAAAGUGGAGUGACAAAACGGGGAAAACGCGUAGAAUAUCCAUGCCAGGAAGCUCUCCGCAAGGUACGAAGCCUCGGAUUGAGGAGGACGAGAAAAGCGACCUCACAGUCGAAUCCGCUCCUCAUAAUGUCUACCUUAGCGCAUAUAAACUUCAACUGGAGCCGAACCACUCCGUGCGGGUCUAAAUCACUUGUACUUUCUUCCGAAUCUCAAUUUUAUUCUAUUGUUAUUCUGAGCUUUCUCAUAUAUUAAAGUCAUAAAGAUUC